AAGAGUCUGUCAAUUGUAAUUUGUAGUUUAUGAAUUUGAUUUUCAGGUUUGAGUAAUCUCUUUCAUUCGGAUUGAGCGACGACGACGAUGGCGAAGAUAGGGAAAACGAUACUUGAUAAAAGAUGGCUAGCGGCGAGAAUAACGGAGGUUGAACUUGACGGCGUUCAGCUCACCACCACUCGCCCUCCCGCCGGCACCGACUCACCUUGGAUGGAAGCCGUUGUCCCCGGAACUGUUUUAUCAACUCUUUUGAAGAACAAACUUAUUCCAGAUCCUUUCUAUGGACUCAAUAACGAGUCAAUUAUAGAUAUUGCUGAUUCUGGUAGAGACUAUUACACAUUUUGGUUCUUUACAACCUUUCACUGCCAACCCUCACCAAAUCAAUACGUCGAUCUGAAUUUCCGCGCAAUUAAUUACUCUGCUCAAGUGUUUUUGAAUGGUCACAAAUUUGUCCUUCCCAAGGGUAUGUUUCGUAGGCAUUCUCUUGAUGUUACCAAAAUUCUUCAUCCUGAUGGGGAGAAUAAGCUUGCUGUUCUUGUUUAUCCUCCUGAUCACCCUGGAAGAAUACCCUCUAAGGGCGGCCAAGGUGGUGACCAUGAGAUUGGAAAAGAUGUUGCUGCUCAGUAUGUGCAGGGUUGGGAUUGGAUUAUACCCAUAAGGGAUAGGAACACUGGUAUAUGGGAUGAGGUAUCUUUAACUGUCACAGGGCCUGUGAAAAUAGUGGAUCCUCACUUGGUUUCAUCUUUUUUCGACAAUUACACAAGGGUAUAUUUGCAUUCAACGAUGGAUCUGGUAAAUAGAAGUAACACUGUGACUGAAUGUUCUUUGAACGUUCAAGUAACAACUGAACUCGAUGGUAAUACUUGCUUAAUUGAACAUAUUCAAUCAAAGCAUCUGUCAAUCCCUCCACGAACCCGGAUUCAGUAUACAUAUCCCGAGCUUUUCUUCUAUAAACCAAAUUUGUGGUGGCCGAAUGGCAUGGGAAAGCAAUCACUCUACAAUGUUACGAUUAGUGUUGAUGUUAAAGGAAAUGGAGAGUCAGAUAUAUGGAACCAUGAUUUUGGCUUUCGUAAAAUAGAAAGCAUCAUUGAUAAUGCGACUGGUGGAAGAUUGUUUAAGGUCAAUGGACAUCAAGUUUUUAUUCGUGGAGGUAACUGGAUUUUAUCAGAUGGAUUGCUACGGCUUUCAAAGGAACGAUAUGAAACAGACAUCAAGUUUCAUGCUGACAUGAACUUCAAUAUGAUCCGAUGUUGGGGUGGUGGAUUAGCUGAGAGGCCAGAUUUCUACCAUUACUGUGAUCUUUAUGGAAUUCUGGUGUGGCAAGAAUUCUGGAUAACCGGAGAUGUUGAUGGGCGUGGUGAUCCAGUAUCAAAUCCUAACGGUCCCCUCGACCAUGAGCUUUUUUUACUUUGUGCGAGAGAUACAGUGAAACUUCUCAGAAAUCACCCUAGUCUCGCUCUUUGGGUUGGAGGAAAUGAACAAAUUCCGCCAGAAGAUAUCAAUAACGCGUUGAAAGAUGAAUUGAAACUACAUCCAUAUUUCGAGAGCUCUAGUUCCUCGAAUGAAGAUCCCAGUCGUUACCUUGAUGGUACUCGUAGCUAUGUACAAGGAUCCAUGUGGGAUGGCUUUGCAAACGGUCAAGGAGAUUUCUCUGAUGGACCUUACGAAAUUCAAAAUCCAGAAGAUUUUUUCAAGGAUGAUUUCUACCAGUAUGGGUUUAAUCCCGAAGUUGGCUCAGUUGGAAUGCCUGUUGCUGCUACUAUCCGAGCAACGAUGCCUCAAGAGGCAUGGAAGAUUCCGUUGUUCAAGAAAUUAGAAGGCGGUUAUGUACAAGAAAUUCCUAACCCGACAUGGGAAUACCACAAGUAUAUCCCCUACUCAAAACCUGAAAAAAUGGUUCAUGAUCAAAUUUUGCUAUAUGGAGCAGCACCUACAAAUCUCGAUGAUUUUUGUCUCAAGGCUCAACUAGUCAACUAUGUUCAGUAUAGAGCCUUGUUAGAGGGAUGGAAUUCUCGUAUGUGGACUAAAUAUACGGGUGUACUAAUCUGGAAAAAUCAGAAUCCCUGGACUGGCCUGAGAGGUCAGUUUUACGACCAUUUGCACGACCAAACGGCUGGUUUUUAUGGUUGUCGAUCUGCAGCAGAGCCGAUCCAUGUUCAACUAAACCUGGUUACGUAUUUUAUCGAGGUGGUUAACACAACAUCCAAGGUUUUAUCUGAUGUAGCCAUAGAAGCCACUGUAUGGGAUCUAGAAGGAAACUGUCCUUACUAUAAAGUUUUCUCUGAGAGGCUAACGAUCCCGCGUAAAAAGACUUUACCUGUUUUCGAGAUGAAGUACCCGAAAUCUAAAGCUCCGAAGCCAGUUUACUUUCUUCUUCUCAAACUGCAUAGAGUAUCCGAUAAUAAGGUAAUUUUGUCCAGGAAUUUCUACUGGCUGCAUCUUUCUGGUGGAGAUUACAGACAACUUGAACCCUACAGGGAAAAGAAAAUACCCCUUAAGAUAACAUCUGAAGCUUCCAUGACUGGUUCAAAAUACGUGAUCAAGAUGCAAGUGCAUAACACCUCAAAGAAACCCGGCUCCAAUAAUGCUGCUGAUGGUCAGAAAAAGGAGAUAGGAUUGAUAGAAAGGAUAUGCAGCCGGUUUUCUAAGGAAAAAGAUGAGAACAUGAAUAAGAAGGUAUUGGAAAUCAAUGGAACUGACAGUGGAGUUGCAUUCUUUCUUCAUUUCUCAGUUCAUGCUGCCAAGAAAGAGCACAAGGAAGGAGAAGACACUAGAAUUCUUCCUGUACAUUACUCUGACAACUAUUUCUCGCUUGUACCGGGUGAGGAAAUGUCUGUCACUCUUUCUUUCCAAGUCCCAUCUGGCGUCACCCCGAGGGUCACACUCAAUGGUUGGAACAACCAUUAUGGCCAGAAUAUGCUGUGUUUGUAGGUAACUUUUGUAUUAACAUAAAUAAAGAGUAAACAUGUGUGUUUAUUUUCUGUAUGUUGUUGGUUUAUACUUGUGCUGUUCAUGGAUUUUCUUGUGCGGAUGGGAUGAGAGACUUAUAUAUAAAUUAUGGAGUCCUAGUUUUCUGA